GAUCCUGCGAAUUCGAGACACACGCAGCAGCAUCCAGUGGUCCAGUGGCUGUACACAAUGUCAUUUCUGUUCGGCGUUCUUCCGGCAUUUCGCGAGCGAGGCGAGCCGCGCGAGUAAUGAGAGCCGGCCCGGAGCCUGUCCGUAUCGUCGACUGAUAAGCGCGCGCCGCGUUUCGGACGUACCGCUGCGGAUUAUGAUGUACAAGAAGGACACAGGAUAGGCGCCGCAUUUAGAGAGAGAGAGAGAGAAAGGGAGAGAGAGGGAGAGGGAAAGAGAGAGAGAUAGAGUGUGAGAGAGAGAGAGAGAGAGAGUACGCGCACGAGGGAGCUGACAAGUAGCCGAAGUGCAAGUAUGCCACGAUACAUUUAAAUUUACGUGCUCGAUUUUUGCGUGUACAUUGCGUGAGCAAAUUCGUGCUCGACCUGUCGAUCGCGUUGCCCCCACGUCGUGCGAGUAUUAUGAACAGCAAACGGUCGAAGUGGCUUUCGUUCCGAGACGCACAUUCGUCAUUAAUUCUGAGACAUAUGUAGGCAACAGAUUAUCGCGACCGAGAACGUGUCGGAAGAUUGCGCGAAGAAUGAGAAUGAGUAUUUCGUUAGACACUCGUCGGGGAAUCUUGGUUACCUCGAGAUCGAGCAGCUUUCGGCCUGUGGAUGAUGCUGCGAGUAUAUCCACGGAAUGUUUGUAUUUUUCGUGACGUAACAGGUAUCAAUGUAGAAUCCAUGACACGUUGUGUGAGUUGUCGGUACGAUCGCGGUGACGGGGAAAAUGAUCGUCGCGAAUGAUGUUUCCGGAUUCCCGGGAAAUGUAGAAAAAGCCGGCCCGCCGAAGUCCGAGUAGCUCGAGAUGUUUCAGGCGCUUCGGCGAAUCAAUUUUUUCCGUAUAAAAGUUCCACGAGCAACGGGUGCUUUACAUAAAAAUUAAUAUGAGCAGACGGCCACUUAACGCAACAGGUUCAUAAUUCUACAACUAACAACUCGCAAAGCUCAGUUAAGCUAUCGGCAUAGCGUUAUAAGCACCGGUUAGAUUAAAUUGAAACCCCGGUCGACAAUAGGGUAAAAAGAGGGAAAAAGAGAAAGAGAGAGGGUGAGAGGAGAUGCAGGGAUAAAUGACAGUUGAGUAAAUUGCAAAAACGUCCGUUUUAACUUGGGUUCUUUCUCGGGGGACAAAACCGAAUGUGUCAUCGCGGUGAAUCGCACGGUCGAGCGGCCUCGUGUCGUCGGUUCAACGAUGUUUCUGUGCAGGAUGCUUCUGAUGACCGUCGUUUAAUCGCACAACGGCCAGAAGAAAUGAUAUCCCUUUUAAUCAUCCUGCUCCUCACCGCGGGGAUCUGCAAUAGCAAUCCGGACGCUAAGAGGCUUUACGAUGAUCUCCUCUCGAAUUACAAUCGACUGAUCCGGCCUGUAUCCAACAAUACGGACACCGUCGUGGUGAAACUAGGACUACGUCUCUCGCAACUGAUAGAUCUCAAUCUGAAAGACCAAAUUCUUACCACGAACGUCUGGCUGGAGCACGAAUGGCAGGACCAUAAGUUCAUGUGGGAACCCUUGGAAUACGGGGGUGUUACCGAACUGUACGUGCCCAGCGAGCAUAUAUGGCUGCCCGACAUUGUUCUUUAUAACAACGCGGACGGGGAAUACGGCGUGACCACGAUGACUAAGGCUAUCUUGCAUUACACUGGCAAGGUUCUCUGGACUCCACCGGCGAUUUUCAAGUCAUCCUGCGAGAUCGACGUUAGAUAUUUCCCCUUCGAUCAGCAGACCUGUUUCAUGAAAUUCGGCUCAUGGACGUACGACGGCUUUCAGAUCGACUUAAAGCACAUUAAUCAAAACAUGGGCGACAAGGUCGAGGUGGGCAUCGACCUGCGGGAGUACUAUCCCAGCGUCGAAUGGGACAUAUUAGAUGUCCCGGCGGAACGGCACACCAAAUACUAUCCAUGUUGCCACGAGCCGUAUCCCGAUAUCUUCUUCAACAUAACGCUGCGUCGUAAAACACUCUUCUACACGGUGAACCUCAUAGUCCCAUGCGUGAGCAUCUCGUACUUGUCGGUGUUGGCGUUCUACCUGCCGGCCGAUUCCGGCGAGAAGAUCGCGCUCUGCAUCAACAUUCUGCUGUCCCAGACGAUGUUCUUCCUGCUGAUAUCCGAAAUCAUACCGUCUACAUCGCUGGCGUUACCGUUGCUCGGCAAAUAUCUACUCUUCACGAUGAUUCUGGUCGGGCUGUCGGUCGUGAUAACGAUUAUCAUAUUGAACGUGCACUACCGCAAACCGAGCACCCAUAAGAUGGCGCCGUGGGUGAGAACGAUCUUCAUAAGAAAAUUGCCGAAACUACUCUUGAUGAGAGUGCCCGACGAUCUUCUCAAUGAUCUUGCCGCGCGCAAGAUACACGGACGAGGGAAAUCAGGCAAGCGGGACAAGUUCAGCGACGCGAUCGCCGCGGCCGCACGGUCGUCCUCAAUAGUGUCCUCGCCGGACUCUGCCCGCCAUCAACGAAUCGAUGGUUGCAACGGUCUACACAGAACGACCGCCCACAAUCGAUUUCUGGUCGGUAGUUUAGGAUACAAUGGGCUUCAAACGGUUAUGUCCGGUCUGGAUGAGUCUCUAAGUGACGUGACUCCACGAAAGAAGUAUCCGUUCGAACUGGAAAAAGCGUUGCAUAACGUUAUGUUUAUCCAGCAUCAUAUUCAACGUCAAGAUCAAUUCAACGCGGAAGAUCAAGACUGGGGAUUUGUCGCGAUGGUCCUCGAUCGGCUGUUCCUGUGGAUCUUCUCGAUAGCGUCCUUCGUCGGCACCUUGACGAUCCUGUGCGAGGCCCCGGUGCUCUAUGACGACACCAAACCGAUCGACAUGGAAUACUCCUCCGUUGCUCAACAGCAAUUCCUCCCGUCCGGCCAGGAUUUGCUGGAGACUAUCGUGUAGAUGGCUCGUAGAACAAUGUGAUCUCUACUCAUUAAUACAUCAAUUACUCGAUAUAAAGGGAAGCGGCGAACUGUCUCUUUCCGAGUCUCUCCGCGCGACAAGCCAUGCCGAGGAACCGCGUUUCACCGCGAUCGUUCGUCACGCACAUUGCCAAUUAUGCUCGUAAUUUCAAGACUCCGUCGUAUCUAGAUACGCAAUCACCAACGACAUCUCCGAGGUCGAACGUUAAAAUAUUACACGCGGUUCUGGGAACUGGCCUAAAAGCUAUGAAAUGUUACUUAAUCCCGCGGGAGACAAUUCGCCGGCUUGCCUUCUGCGCGUAAGCGACACUUGCAACACAAUUAUAUCUCGGAAAAGAAGAAAAAAGAGGAAAAAAAUCGUAUUUGUACUUAUACUGCUGCUGUACGCACGAUAGUGCGCAAAAUAAGCGAGGGAGGAGGGAGAAAAAUCAUUCUUUGAUAGUAACAACUAUUUGAUGUCCGCAGUGUUACGACGAAGCGACUUGGCGAUUAGGUAUCGUUUGUAAAACUUUUGGUAACGUUGGUUACGACGUACGACGCGUAACGGUGAUACUUUCACUUGCACACCGAAAAUUUAAUCUGUAUAUAGGACACACAUUUCAUGCUCCAAUUAAUAUCUUCCCGAAACAGCAAUCAAUUCAUAUAUAUAUAUAUAUCGCAUACAUAUAUAUAUAUAUAUAUGUAGCGUAGUUUUUUUCAAGAAAUUAUAAACAGAACUUUUUCCAUUACGAGCGAAAACGCAUACAUAUACACAUAUACAUA